AUGGGCGACAAGUUUGACCUUCGGCUACUGAAGCGAUCUUUGGGCGAGACAAGAAGAAGCAGGUCCAUUAAAACUCUUUAUGGGGAUAAGUCUUGGGUGGAAGAUUUGGAUAUUGUCAACGAGCUUGGAGCUCACACCGGUUGCGUCAAUGCCCUCUGUUGGUCGAAAAGUGGCAACCUUCUGGCUUCAGGCUCAGAUGAUACCUAUCUCAAUAUCUGGGAUUACAAUGCACCUGACAGUACCCAGCCCUUUACGCUGAACACAAGUGUGAGCACCGGUCACCAUGCAAACAUCUUCUCAGUCAAGUUCAUGCCCCACUCGGGCGACCACACCGUUGUUACAUGCGCCGGAGACUCCGAAGUCCGAGUCUUCGAUCUGGAAUAUGCUGGAGCUGCGAGCCAGAGCACGUCGAGCGACGCAGGCACAAGAAGCCGGAGGUUCAACAGGUUCUUUCAGAACGCGAGGUGGCUGAAUGAAGGCAAUACCAACUGUCGGGUAUAUCGAAGCCACUCGGAUCGCACAAAGAGAAUAGUGACCGAGUCCAGUCCAUACCUGUUCUUGACGUGCUCCGAGGAUGGCGAUGUGCGACAAUGGGAUCUCAGACAGCCUUCGUCAGCAUAUCCUGCUCCUCGGGGUCUCCGGGGCUUCGCACGAUUUCACCAGGGUGCUCAGAGCGACAGCGGCGACUCGCCUCCUCCCCUCAUUUCUUACAAGAAAUAUGCCCUCGAUUUGAACACCAUCUCCUGCGCGCCCAGUCAGCCACAGUACAUUGCGCUUGGUGGGGCUCAUCUUCAUUGCUUUUUGCACGACAGGCGCAUGCUUGGUCGAGAUCUGGGCUCUGAGAAGGGCCAACCUGGCACUCGAAAGCCUGACGCGGGCUCCCCAGAAGACGAGGCCAUGGCUGACGCAACCAGGUGUGUUAGACGAUUUGGGCCUAACAACAAGCGCAGGAUGGGACCGCGUGGACAUGGCCAUAUCACGGCUUGCAAGAUCAGUGAUGCCAACCCCAACAAUCUCGUGGCCUCUUGGUCUUCAGAUCAUAUCUACAGUUUUGAUAUCGUCCAGUCGCCCGAUGUGAGGGAAGCCGAUGCCCGAGCCCAUGAAGAUUUCCGGCUUAGAAACCUUUCCGGCCGCAAAAGGAAGAGGGGAAAGGCGAACGCCUCUUCCAGCAGUCUGGGCGAUGCAGCCAAUCCCAGUAGGCGUCUACGGAGGGUUCCGGACGACCGUCCAGAAGAGGGCCGCACUGCUCUGUUGGCGAGGUUCGCUGACGGAGAGUCUGAGCUUAUCCCUAUCCCUUCCCCCAUGUCCGAAACGACGGCUGGGACCCCGUCAGCUCAUGAGCUCCUGCUUUCGGAAGCUCAGAGAUCGAGUGAACGGGUGGCAAGAUCACUCAUUCAACUCCGCAAGACCUUGUUUGACUUCUCUACCUCAUUAAGCGCCGAUGUUUCUGCGUCUCUGGAGGGGACUUCAGACCUCACACCCCAUACCGCUGCAUUUACUAGUGCCCUUGGCCGAUGUGCCUCGCUGCUUCCUCAGAUGGACGAGGUCAUCCGUACAUGGUCAUACCCGAUAAACCCGAGUGAGGAGGAUGUCACUCUACAAAAUACCUUGAGGAGAAAUCGACAAUCGAGUUGGCGAUUCGUGCAAGCGGCUGGCUGUUUGGCCCGCACCCUCGGUGGACGUUUGCAAAGCCUCACCUCAGCCCCGGAUGUUCGGCUCGCACAAUUCGACCAGAUUAGACCUGCUGCUCACGAAGGUAAGAACAUCUGCAAAGAGUCGAGAUUUUGCUACGACUUCCUGAAAGCCAUUCUUCUGUGGCUAGAUGGUGGGCAAGUUGCGGUAUUGCAAGGGUUUAAGCGGCCGCCCAACGUGAGUACCGACAGUCCUCGAUUUCCCCUCGAUCGAGAGGACACGGUACAAACUUUUGUGCCGAAAUUGGAAGCCUAUCUCUUGGAUCUGGCAGAAGAUGAGACCCCGGUUGUGGACCUAGACACAAAUCGUUUCGAGCGGGACGAAACUCGUCAUGUUUUUCGGAAUCAGAAGUCGGCGGUGCAGGCUUUCAUGAGAGCCCUCGGCAAUAUUGAGCUGGUAGCCAGCCAUGGUAUGUCUGAGACUCGGGCUGACCCGUCGAAUCCCUCCACGACAAUACGCGUGAUGGACAAGGGUGCAGCAACCAGGUUCUGGGGGCUUAAGGUAGGCCGCUCCCUACUCAUGCGUGCCGCCGAAGGGGUUACGUUCGAUUUUGUGAACCGAGCGUUUGGGGGGUUGAGACUUCGGUUGGCCAGCUCAGAUUUGGAGGAAGAACGGUCUCAAGAAGACAUCGACCCGGACGAAGAGGAACGCAUUGUUGAAGCUAUCGACAUUGUGAGAACCCACUUGGGGGAGUCUUCAACGGAGUCGGCCCAAACUCCGCACGAGACCACGGAAGGAUCCAGCCAGCCAGAUGUGGAAAUGGGCACUCCACUCACUGUCCACGUCGAGGAUGCGGACGAAGAUGGAAACGAAGACCAUAUCGAGGGCGAAGAAUGGGAAUCAGACACUUCAGAGACCGAGGAAGAAGACGACGAUGGGGAGGCUCCGGAACGUCUCUUUUUCCGACGGCGGAUCGGGUUUGCGCGGUAUCGUGAACGAGCUUCGGUGAAUCUCGAGGUGCCCUACACGUCACAUACCAAAGUUUACAAAGGCCAUUGUAAUACACGGACUGUCAAGGACGUGAAUUUCUGUGGUCUCAAUGAUGAAUACGUUGUCAGCGGCUCCGAUGAUGGCAAUUUCUUCAUCUGGGAUAGGAAGACGUGCAAGAUCCUCAAUAUUCUGGAAGGAGACGGCGAGGUUGUCAAUGUGGUUCAGGGCCACCCGUAUGAGCCUAUGAUUGCUUGCAGCGGCAUUGACAGUACGGUCAAAAUCUUCGGUCCCGGAGGCGACAGUCGAGAACGCGAGGCGGCAGAAAAAGGGAUCAACAUUGCUAAUCCUGGUGGAGGGGUGCACUCGUCUCUCAGAUUUGGAGGUCGACGGAGCCGACGCACUCGGGGUGCCGGCGACGACGAUAGCGAUGAGGAUGACGAUGGCCCUGGAGCCAUGGCUUCCAGUGGACUCCGAAGUCGUCGGGCAAUGCACCGCAGCUACGAGAUCACCAGCCAGAACGAUGUGGAACUGAGGCGCACUGCGGAAGACAGUUUUGUCACGGUAGGUUCCAUGGACGAGCUGUUGGUCCGGGCAUGGAUUAUGUCGAGUCUCCAUAUGAUUUGA